AUGUCCAAAUACGAAACAGCCCUCGCACGCAUCGACGCUGCGCACUCCCAAGACCCCCGCCAACACGAAACCCCAGACGGCCCUAUGCCCUACGAACUACACUACGCGCAAAAAAUGACAAAUUACCUCGAAACCCUAAACCCAGACGCUGGCGAGCUCCUUCGCCUCGCAAUCCGCGCACAACACCUACGCCGCUGGGAAGUACCGCGGGACAGCUACCCCGCCACGAAAAUCGGCUACCACUCCUGGCGUGCGGGUUUACAGCGUCGGCAAGCGGAGAUUGUUGAGAAUAUUUGUCUCGAGAGCGGGUAUUCGGCUGAGGAGGCCGGGAGGGUCGGGGAGAUGGUUAAGAAGGCGGACUUGAAGAAAGGUGAUACGGAUACGCAGACCUUGGAGGAUGUUGCUUGUUUGGUUUUCUUGGAUGAUCAGUUUGAUCGGUUUGAGAGGGAGCUUGGGGAUGAGGGGAAGAUGGUAGAUAUUUUGAGAAAGACUUGGGGGAAGAUGUCUGAGCGUGGGAGGGAGGAGGCGUUGAAGAUUUCUUUGUCAGAUAAUGCGGUGCGGUUGGUUGGAAUUGCUUUGCAGGGGUGA